CGGGUCUGGUCCCCGCAGAUGAUCUGGAACCCGUCCAGCGCAGAGAGCGUCGAUAGCGAGCUGCGCCUGCACCGCUCCGCCGCACUGAGGGGUUAACCUGUCCCGUCCUGGAGCUCCUGUGACGGCUGUCUGUCUGUCCGGUGGCCUGUUGAGAGGAGAGGAGACUUGCAGCAUGCUUCCUCAGGGGAUGCGGUUCAUGCCGAGCUUCUGAACGUUAACCACAGCGAAGGUGGGGGCCCGUAGGCUGACCCGGAGACAUGUCGGACAAGAUGUCCAGCUUCCUCCACAUCGGGGACAUCUGCUCCCUGUACGCAGAAGGCUCCACCAACGGCUUCAUCAGCACCCUGGGCCUGGUGGACGACCGCUGCGUGGUGCAGCCUGAUGCCGGAGACCUCAACAGUCCUCCCAAGAAGUUCAGAGACUGUCUGUUCCGGCUCUGUCCUAUGAACCGCUACUCGGCCCAGAAGCAGUUCUGGAAAGCAGCGAAGCCCGGAGGGAACACAGACACCGUGCUGCUCAACAAACUCCACCAUGCAGCAGACCUGGAGAAGAAGCAGAAUGACUCGGAGAACAAGAAGCUGCUGGGCUCCGUCAUCCAGUACGGGAACGUCAUCCAGCUGCUCCACCUCAAGUCCAACAAGUACCUUACGGUGAACAAGCGCCUGCCGGCGCUGCUGGAGAAGAACGCCAUGAGGGUGAUGCUGGACACGGCCGGCAACGAGGGCUCCUGGUUCUACAUCCAGCCCUUCUACAAGCUGCGCUCCAUCGGAGACACCGUGGUGAUCGGGGACAAGGUGGUGCUGAACCCGGUCAACGCCGGCCAGCCGCUGCACGCCAGCACCCACCAGCUGGUGGACAACCCGGGAUGCAACGAGGUGAACUCCGUCAACUGCAACACCAGCUGGAAGAUCGUCCUGUUCAUGAAGUGGGGCGACAACCAGGAGGUGGUACUGAAAGGGGGCGACGUGGUGCGGCUGUUCCACGCCGAGCAGGAGAAGUUCCUGACGUGCGACGACCACCGGAAGAAGCAGUACGUGUUCCUGCGGACCACCGGGAGGCAGUCGGCCACCUCGGCCACCAGCAGCAAGGCAUUGUGGGAGGUGGAGGUGGUCCAACACGACCCAUGCCGUGGCGGGGCCGGCUACUGGAACAGUUUGUUCCGGUUCAAACACCUGGCGACCGGACACUACCUGGCAGCAGAGGUGAACCCGGACUACGAAGAGGAAUGCCUCGAGUCACGCCAAGCUCUGGACUCUGAGCAGGACGUUCUGCGGGCGCGUCUGAGGAACAUCCAGGACAAGGUCAUGUACACGCUGGUGUCGGUGCCAGACGGGAACGACAUCUCGUCCAUCUUCGAGCUGGACCCCACCACCCUGAGGGGGGGGGACUCCCUGGUGCCCAGGAACUCGUACGUGCGGCUCAGACACCUGUGCACCAACACCUGGGUCCACAGCACCAACCAGCCCAUCGACAAGGACGAGGAGAAGCCUGUCAUGCUGCACAUCGGCACCUCGACCCUGAAGGAGGACAAGGAGGCCUUCGCCAUUGUCCCCGUGUCCCCAGCAGAGGUCCGCGACCUGGACUUCGCCAACGAUGCAAGUAAAGUUCUGGCUUCCAUCGCUGGCAAGCUGGAGAAAGGAACCAUCACGCAGAACGAGCGGAGAGCCGUGACCAAGCUCCUGGAAGACCUGGUGUUCUUUGUGGUGGACAUCCCCAACAACGGACAGGACGUCCUGGAGAUCAUGGUCAACAAGCCCAACCGAGAGCGACAGAAGCUCAUGAGGGAGCAGAACAUCCUGAAGCAGAUCUUCAAGCUCCUUCAGGCCCCGUUUACGGACAGCGGCGACGGGCCCAUGCUGCGGCUGGAGGAGCUGGCCGACCAGCGCCACGCGCCCUUCCGCCACAUCUGCCGCCUGUGCUACCGCGUGCUGCGCCACUCGCAACAGGACUACCGCAAGAACCAGGAGUACAUCGCCAAGCAGUUCCGCUUCAUGCAGAAGCAGAUCGGCUACGACGUGCUGGCCGAGGACACCAUCACCGCCCUGCUGCACAACAACCGCAAGCUGCUGGAGAAACACAUCACUGCCGCCGAGAUAGACACCUUCGUCAGCCUGGUCCGCAAGAACCGCGAGCCCAGGUUCCUGGACUACCUCUCGGACCUGUGCGUCUCCAUGAACAAGUCCAUCCCGGUGACCCAGGAGUUGAUCUGCAACGCAGUGCUGGACCCGACCAACGGGGACAUCCUCAUCGAGACCAAACUGGUGCUGUCCCGGUUCGAGAUCGAGGGGGCGUCGAUCGGGGAGAGCUCGGUGGAGUCGGAGGAGGACGAGGAGGAGGUGUGGCUCUUCUGGAAGGACCGCAACAAGGAGGUGCGCAGCAAGAGCAUCCGGGAGCUGGCCCAGGACGCCAAGGAGGACCAGAAGGAGGACCAGGAGGUGAUCAGCUACUACAGGUACCAGUUGAACCUGUUUGCCCGCAUGUGUCUGGACCGCCAGUACCUGGCCAUCAACAAGAUCUCGGGCCAGCUGGACGUGGACCUGAUCCUGCGCUGCAUGUCCGACGAGGACCUGCCCUACGACCUGCGCGCCUCCUUCUGCCGCAUGAUGCUGCACAUGCACGUGGACCGCGACCCCCAGGAGCAGGUCACGCCCGUCAAGUACGCCCGGCUCUGGUCCGAGAUCCCCUCGCAGAUCGCCAUCGAUGACUAUGACAACGACGGCACGUCGAAGGACGAGAUCAAGGAGCGCUUCUGCCAGACGAUGGAGUUCGUGGAGAACUACCUGAGGGACGUGGUCAGCCAGAGCUUCCCCUUCGCCGACAAGGAGAAGAACAAGCUGACCUUCGAGGUGGUGAACCUGGCGAGGAACCUGAUCUACUUUGGGUUCUACAACUUCAGCGACCUGCUGAGGCUGACCAAGAUCCUGCUGGCCAUCCUGGACUGCGUCCACACCAACACCUCCUUCCCCUUCAACAAGACGGAGAAGGGUGACGAGGCCAAAGGCAGCAACGUCAUGCGCUCCAUCCACGGCGUGGGGGAGCUCAUGACGCAGGUGGUGCUCAGGGGCGGCGGCUUCAUCCCCAGCACGCCGGCCUCCGCCCCCGACGGAGAGACGGCCAAGUCGCAGGUGGAGCCGGAGAAGCAGGACAUCCUGGUGAUGGACACCAAGCUGAAGAUCAUCGAGAUCCUGCAGUUCAUCCUCAACGUGCGUCUGGACUACAGGAUCUCCUGCCUGCUCUCCAUCUUCAAGCGGGAGUUUGAUGAGAGCAACUCCCAGAAUGAGCUGUCGGUUGCCGGGGUAACGGCCGAGGGACCCAGCAACAUGCCAGGAGCGCUGGACUUCGAGCAGAUAGAAGAGCAGGCUGAAGGGAUCUUCGGAGGAAGUGAGGAGAACACCCCCCUAGACCUGGACGACCAGGGGGGCCGCACCUUCCUGCGGGUGCUGCUCCACCUCACUAUGCACGACUACCCUCCGCUUGUGUCCCGCGCGCUCCACCUGCUCUUCAGGCACUUCAGCCAGCGGCAGGAGGUGCUGCAGGCCUUCAAGCAGGUCCAGCUGCUGGUGACCAGCCAGGACGUGGAGAACUACAAGCAGAUCAAGUCGGACCUGGACCAACUGCGCUCCAUCGUGGAGAAGUCGGAGCUGUGGGUGUACAAGCGGCAGGGUCCGGACGAGGGUCUGGACGGGGGGGAGCUGCUGGCGAGCGAGUCCGACCACAAGAAGGGGGAAUCGGGCGCCUCAGAAAAACCAAAGAAACCAGAGACCACCAGCAGCUACAACUACAGGGUGGUGAAAGAGAUCCUGCUGCGUCUCAGCCGGCUCUGUGUUCAGGAGGGCCUGUCGGGCAGGAAGAGCAAGAAGCAGCAGCAGAGGCUGCUGAGGAACAUGGGGGCCCACGCCGUGGUGCUGGAGCUGCUGCAGAUCCCUUAUGAGAAGGGGGAGGACGUCCGUAUGCAGGACAUCAUGAGGCUCGCCCACCAGUUCCUGCAGAACUUCUGUGCGGGGAACCAGCAGAACCAAGCCCUGCUGCACAAGCACAUCAACCUGUUCCUCAACCCAGGGAUCCUGGAGGCCAUCACCAUGCAGCACAUCUUCAUGAACAACUUCCAGCUGUGCAGCGAGAUCAACGAGCGCGUGGUGCAGCACUUCGUCCACUGCAUCGAGACGCACGGCCGCAACGUGCAGUACCUCAAGUUCCUGCAGACCAUCGUCAAGGCGGAGAACAAGUUCAUCAAGAAGUGCCAGGACAUCGUCAUGGCCGAGCUGGUGAACGCCGGCGAGGACGUACUGGUGUUCUACAACGACCGCGCCUCCUUCCAGACGCUGGUGCAGAUGAUGCGCUCGGAGCGGGACCGCAUGGACCAGAACAGCGCGCUGAUGUACCACAUCCACCUGGUGGAGCUGCUGGCCGUCUGCACCGAGGGCAAGAACGUCUACACCGAGAUCAAGUGCAACUCCCUGCUGCCGCUGGACGACAUCGUACGCGUGGUCACGCACGAGGACUGCAUCCCCGAGGUGAAGAUCGCCUACAUCAACUUCCUGAACCACUGCUACGUGGACACGGAGGUGGAGAUGAAGGAGAUCUACACCUCCAACCACAUGUGGAAGCUCUUCGAGAACUUCCUGGUGGAUAUCUGCAGGGUGUGCAACAACACCAGCGACCGGAAGCACGCCGACACGGCGCUGGAGCGCUACGUCACUGAGACGGUCAUGAGCAUCGUCACCACCUUCUUCAGCUCGCCCUUCUCUGACCAGAGCACCAGCCUGCAGACCCGGCAGCCGGUCUUCGUCCAGCUGCUGCAGGCGGUGUUCCGGGUCUACCACUGCCCCUGGCUCAGCCCGGUGCAGAAGGGCGCGGUGGAGGCCUGCAUCAAGGUGCUCUCCGACGUCGCCAAGGGCCGGGCCAUCGCCAUCCCCGUGGACCUGGACAACCAGGUGAACAACCUGUUUGUGAAGUCCAACAACAUCGUGCAGAAGACGGCCAUGAGCUGGAGGCUGUCGGCCCGCAACGCCGCGAGGAGGGACUCGGUAGUGACCGCCUCCCGCGACUACCGGAACAUCAUCGAGAGGCUGCAGGACAUCGUGUCUGCUCUGGAGGACAGGCUCCGCCCCCUGGUGCAGGCGGAGCUCUCGGUCCUCGUGGACGUCCUCCACCGCCCCGAGCUGCUCUUCCCCGAGAACACCGACUCACGCAGGAAGUGCGAGAGCGGGGGCUUCAUCUGCAAGCUGAUCAAGCACACCAAGCAGCUGCUGGAGGAGAACGAGGAGCGCCUCUGCAUCAAGGUCCUCCAGACGCUGAGGGAGAUGAUGACCAAAGACCGCGGCUACGGAGAGAAGCUCAGGGCCUUUGAUGAUGAGAUGGAUGUGCCCAAGGAGCUGGAUCAGAACCAGCCUGAGAAGAUUGUGGAGGACCAGAAGAGGGGCGAGGCGCUGAGGCAGAUCCUGGUGAACCGUUACUAUGGCAACUUCCACCGCAGUGGGGCCCGCCGAGACAGCCUGACGGUGUACAGCCCAGGGGCCCUCAGCCCCACGGGGGCCGGCAAGAGCCAAUCAGGUGGGGCGGCAUGUGUGAUGUCACGUAUUUUAACGACCAGGGGUUUGGGGGCCAGGGGCCGCGCCCGGAGGCUCUUCCUCUCAGACUCUGAGCCUCCAGGCGCCGCACGACAGCCGGUUACGGGCGUGGUCACCCUGCUAGGGGGCGUGGUCAGCCUGCUAGGGGGCGUGGUCAGCCUUUUGUGCGUGCGGCGCCGGCACGGAGAGCAGGUUAUUGUGGACGGUCUGGUGAGGAUGCAGCCAGCGGCCCCCCCCGCGCCGGGUCCUACGGUCGAGAUCCGGCCCGCUGACGCAGACCGGGUCCGUCGUCGCCGCAGGGCCCCGCUGGCUCAGACCCUCAGCGGUCGCCUGGCGCCCGGCCCGCUGCUAAACCCCCUCGCCGGCUCCCAGGAUUCCUUCUUCCGGCGACUGACGGCAGACAAGAAGUCUGAGAAGUUCUUCCGGGUCUUCUACGAUCGCAUGAAGCUGGCCCAGCUGGAGAUCAAAGCCACGGUGACGGUCAACACCAGCGACCUGGGCAACCGCAAGAGGGACGACGAGACGCCCGACAAGGACGUCCCCGUGCGCAAGAAAGCCAAAGACUCUCCGGUGGUGGUGACAGAGGACGCCCGCGACCAGCUGCUGGAGGCCUCCUCCGCCACCAAGAAGGCCUUCAACUCGUACCGCCGCGACGCUGACGCGGAGGAGCACUUCUCCCUGGCCGACGGCCAGCCCAGCGCCGGCGACAAGAACCAGGACGAGGGCGAGAUGAGCUUCAUCAUCGUCAUCAUGCAGCCCAUCCUGCGCUUCCUGCAGCUGCUCUGCGAGAACCACAACCGGGACCUCCAGAACUUUCUGAGGUGCCAGAAGAACAAGAACAACUACAACUUGGUGUGCGAGACGCUGCAGUUCCUGGACUGCAUCUGCGGCAGCACCACGGGGGGUCUGGGCCUGCUGGGGCUGUACAUCAACGAGAAGAACGUGGCCCUCAUCAACCAGACGCUGGAGAGCCUCACCGAGUACUGCCAGGGGCCCUGCCACGAGAACCAGAACUGCAUUGCCACCCACGAGUCCAACGGCAUCGACAUCAUCAUCGCCCUCAUCCUGAACGACAUCAACCCCCUGGGCAAGAAGCGGAUGGACCUGGUGUUGGAGCUGAAGAACAACGCCUCCAAGCUGCUGCUGGCCAUCAUGGAGAGUCGCCAUGACAGCGAGAACGCGGAGAGGAUCCUGUACAACAUGAGGCCCAAGGAGCUGGUGGAGGUCAUAAAGAAAGCCUACCUGCAAGGGGAGGUGGAGUUCGAAGGCUCGGACGAGGAGGAAGAGGAGGGUGAAGAGGAGGACCACGACGCUGCCUCACCCAGAAACGUUGGACACAACAUCUACAUCCUGGCCCACCAGCUGGCACGCCAUAAAAAGGAGCUGUCAAUCAUGUUGAAGCCGGGAGGUUCGAGUGGGGAAGGAGACGAGGCCCUGGAGUUCUACGCCAAACACACCGCCCAGAUAGAGAUCGUGCGCCAGGACCGCACCAUGGAGGAGAUCGUGUUCCCCGUCCCCAGCAUCUGCGAGUUCCUGACCUCGGAGUCCAAGCUGCGCAUCUACUUCACCACAGAGCGCGACGAGCAGGGCAGCAAGAUCAACGACUUCUUCCUGUGUGCCGAGGACCUCUUUAACGAGAUGAACUGGCAGAAGAAGCUCCAGGCUCAGCCUGUGCUGUACUGGUGCUCCAGGAACAUGUCUCUGUGGAGUAACAUCUCCUUCAACCUGGCCGUCCUCAUGAACCUCCUGGUCUGCUUCUUCUACCCCCUGGAAGGCGUCCACGGAGAGAUGCUGGACCCUCACCUGUCCGCCCUGCUGUGGAUGGGCGUGCUGGCCACCCUGAUCCUCGUCAUCAUCAUGCCCCAGCCGCUGGGGGUCCGCGCCCUGGUCAUCGUCUCCAUCCUGCGCCUCAUCUUCUCCGUGGGCCUGGAGCCCACCCUCUACUCCCUGGGGGGUGUCAACGUGUGUAAUAAGAUCAUCUUCCUGAUGAGCUUUGUGGGGAACAGAGGGACCUUCACACGGGGCUACAAGGCCAUGGUCCUGGACUUUGAGUUCCUCUACCACCUGCUCUACCUCAUCAUCUGCAGCCUGGGGGUGUUCGUGCACGUGUUCUUCUACAGCCUCCUGCUGUUCGACCUGGUGUACCGCGAGGAGACGCUGCUGAACGUGAUCAAGAGCGUGACGCGCAACGGGCGCUCCAUCGUGCUGACGGCAGUGCUGGCUCUCAUCCUGGUGUACCUGUUCUCCAUCGUGGGCUACAUCUUCUUCAAGGACGACUUCAUCCUGGAGGUGGACCGCCUGCCCAACGCCACGCUCAAGGAGUCUCCCAGCCUGGCCAACGAGCUGCUCUCGGAGGGGGUGUGCCGCACGGGGAAGGAGGAGAACUGCUCCAUGGAGGCGGUGCAGCGAGAGCUGGAGCGGGUCAGCCUCGAAGAGAGCGGCAAGGAGCGCGCCUGCGACUCCCUGCUCAUGUGCAUCGUGACGGUGCUGAGUCACGGCCUCCGCAGCGGUGGGGGGGUGGGGGACGUCCUCCGCAAGCCCUCCAAAGAGGAGCCUCUGUUCGCCGCCCGGGUGAUCUACGACCUGCUCUUCUUCUUCAUGGUCAUCAUCAUCGUCCUCAACCUCAUCUUCGGAGUCAUCAUCGACACGUUCGCCGACCUGAGGAGCGAGAAGCAGAAGAAGGAGGAGGUGCUGAAGACCACCUGCUUCAUCUGCGGUCUGGAGAGAGACAAGUUCGACAACAAGACGGUGACCUUCGAGGAGCACAUCAAGGAGGAGCACAACAUGUGGCACUACCUGUUCUUCGUGGUGCUGGUGAAGGUGAAGGACUCCACCGAGUACACCGGCCCCGAGAGCUACGUGGCCCAGAUGAUCAAGGAACACAACCUCGACUGGUUUCCACGGAUGCGGGCGAUGUCCUUGGUGAGCAGCGACGCGGAGGGGGAGCAGAACGAGAUCAGGAACCUGCAGGAGAAGCUGGAGACGGCCAUGAGGCUGGUGUCCAACCUGUCGGGACAGCUCACCGAGCUCAAGGAGCAGAUGACGGAGCAGAGGAAGCAGAAGCAGCGCAUCGGUCUACUGGGUCACCCCCCACACAUGAACAUCAACCCCCAGCAGCCCGCCUGAGGGGCCCCAGGAGGGCCAGGAGGGCCCCCCCUCACGCAGCUCCCCCCCCCCCCCCCCCCCCACGCGGCCCUGAGCACUGGGGCCUGGUCUUCGGCGAGGUGGAACGGGGCCCAGUGUGGAGGAUGAACAGUCGGCCCCGUCUCCAGAGUGUAUUUAUGCCU